CUGGGCGGCAGCACAGGAGCGGUCGCUGCCUAACUACAUCAUCUUUCUAUAAACAACCCCAAAGAGACGAAGACGAGAGGUGGAGCCGCUGUGCUGACAACUGUCAAAAGAGCCGAGCCCUUCCGUCCUCAAAGCAUCUCGUCUUAGCGCGGUAGAAUCCGUUAUAAGCCACGUGAUUGAAGUGAGUAAUCUCGUGAGUGUAACGACGUCUCUGUCGCUAUUCCGUUAUUGCGGAGCCGUUCCGGAUGAGCGGUUCGCACUUUGGCAGGUUUUGACAGACUGCAUGUCUUCCUGGAGACCCUCGGAGAAGGUGAGACGACCACGAAGAUGUCAAGGCGAAGCACAAGGUUAGUGCCCAAAGAGGCAUCCUUCCCUGAUGAUGACGCUGCCAGCACGAGCUCCACCGGAUCCACUGGCCACAUCUCUUACAAAGAGAGCCCAACCAGAAUCUUCAAGAAGAGGAGUGGUCGCAAGAGCACAGGCAGUGUUUCCCGCAAUUCAAGUCGCGCGAGCAGUGUGAGUCAGAUACCGACAGGGCAGCGCAGUGAAUUCACUGCCACCGAAAAUGAGAAUGGCAUGCCCUUUGCAACUCAGGGAUUCUCCUCUGGAUAUUCCUCAGCUGAGGAGCAUUAUAAAAAAUCCAUAAAAUCAAACCCUAGUUCUGGCCAGUCUGUAACUGAACCACAGUUUGUUGUGUGGGACGUGUUUCAUUCUCCAGCUCAGGCUCUGGUUAUGUUCUACUGGUGGCUGGGAAGUUCAUGGUACAGCCUGAGCUCUCGACUGUCUCUGAUCAAUGUGUUUCUGCUCAGCAGAUGUACAUCAGAUAUGAGAAAGUCCGUCGUACUGGUCCUUCUUCUCAUCUUUCUCAUUUUUGGAAUAUGGUACUGGUUCCCGUUUGCUUCUCGUUCUCCUCCUCAUGAGGUUGUUUUCAAGACUCCGUCUGUUAAACACACAGAUAGACCUGUGAAAGAAACCUUUGAUCAUCUCCAACAUGCCACCCUGUCUAACUUGAAGGAAGAGAUCGUCAGCUUGCAUGAAAGGGAGGCGACCCUGAUGAAAGACAUUGAACUGCUGAAGAUGGAGAGCAUGAGACAGAAGGUGAAAUCUGAGAUGAUGCAAACUGAUCUGAAGUCUGUGAAUGAUCAGAUGAGGAAUGCCGAGUCUGAACAUGAGCAGCAGAUUUCUAAUCUGAAGUCCAGCAUCUCAAACCUGCAGUCGACCCAAGACCUCCUCAAGGAAAGAGUUGACGCACAAGACACUCUCAACACUAACCUGAGAGCAGAGCUAUCCGAUUGGCUGAUAAAACUCCUGAAAGAUCCGAGCUCAUUGGAAUCGACCAUAGUGCUCCGUCCUGAGCUGCAGAGGGCGCUGGAGGAUCUGGAGAAACGGAUACUAGACAAACUAGUGCAUGAGAAAGAGAGCAGGAGAGACGAGUGGAGGACCGUGGGAGAGACGCUGCAACAGGAAGGAGCCGGAGCUGUCACUAUACAAGAUGUGAAAGAAAUCGUCAACAGGGCAAUUAGUCUGUAUAGGGCGGAUGGGAUUGGACUGGCGGACUAUGCCUUGGAGUCUUCUGGUGCCAGUGUGCUCAACACCCGUUGCUCAGAGACGUAUAAGACCAGAUCUGCAUGUCUGAGUUUAUUCGGCAUUCCUCUGUGGUAUCAUUCAGAGAGCCCCCGGACUGUUAUACAGCCGGAGCUGUAUCCUGGGAAGUGCUGGGCAUUCCGAGGCUCGCAGGGUUUCCUGGUAAUCGCGCUGUCUUACCCAGUAAGAAUCACCCAUGUGACACUCGAACACCUUCCCAAAGAGCUCUCACCGACGGGCCGCAUUGACAGCGCCCCUAAGGAUUUUGCCGUCUAUGGUAUGUCUGAUGAGACUGAAGAUGGAAAGCUGCUUGGGACAUUCAUGUAUGACCAGGAUGGAGAGCCCAUUCAGUCUUUCAAGCUUGCGGAUGCAUCAGAGAUCUAUAGCAUGACAGAGCUGAGGAUCUUGAGCAACUGGGGUCACCUGGAGUACACCUGUGUGUAUCGCUUUAGAGUUCAUGGAGAACCUUCAUUCGUCUGAGAGGAAGAGGAUCUGGAAUGAUUCUUCAGCUUUGGUUUACUCAAAAAAAAAAAAAAUGUAAAGCUCAAAUGCACUGGACUCUUAAAGAAUAAAUCAGACAGCUUCCUAAUGUACGGAUACCAAAAAAACGCACACAAACGAUCGACUGAUAUCAGAAUGUACGUAGAUCAUUUGCCCUCUCAAAAAAUAUUUCACUUUGCAUUCCUCAAACAUUGAUUUUCAAGUUAUGAA